GAAGAGGAGAGAGUGAAGUGGAAAAAAUCAGUAUCACGGCUGAAGAACAAGUGUGUGCAUCCACAGGAGUGAUACAUCCUACAAGGCUCUUCUCAAUCAGCGAGUAUACUAUAUUCAAGUUAAAAUAACAUGUUUAUCACUUUUCUACCUUGACCAUCCUCUUCACUGUUGGUGGGUAUCGAGCGUCACAGGAAAUCCAUCAGCAUGCGUCACCUCUACAGCCUGUGAUCUGGAGGACACACCGCUCUCCUCGUCGUUUUCUCUGCUGUCAUUUGUACUGUCCAUUCCCACCUGGUGGUAUCAUGGAUCUGAUGGACGUGGAAGACCUGAGCAGGGGUUGUGAGGGGAAAAACUGUGGCUUAACACCUGGCUUUCUGGAGGACUGCUCCAACCAAGACUGUUACUGGGAAGAACCGAUGUUUGGACUGAUUGAACUAGUUUGCGUGACUGUGGUCUACAUUCCACUGAUGAUAUUUGGCCUUCUGGGAAACAUAUUAACAAUUCUAGUGGUUUGGCUCCGUCCACACAUGAGAAGCUCUACCUACUUGUACCUGAGCAGCAUGGCCAUCAGUGAUCUACUGAUACUUCUACUCCUGCCUCUGGAUCUCUAUAAGCUCUGGAGACCAAGACCUUGGCCCUUAGGAGACCUUGCCUGUAAACUAACCAUGUUCCUCUCAGAGUGCUGCACCUUCUGUACCAUCCUUCAUAUCACCUUCCUCUCCCUGGAGAGAUACCUAGCUGUCUGCUGGCCAAUCACAGCCAAGACAGUGGUGACACGGCGUAGAACCAGAGCUAUAAUUGGCUGCCUGUGGCUGGGUGCGGCCGUCAGUGCUGCACCGGUGUUGGUCAUGGUUGGCGUGGAGGACGUUGGGGGAGAGGAGCCUGGCCUUAGCCAGUGGAGGGAGGAUGCAGGAUGGACAAGCAGGGAGGGAGAACAGGGAGGAUUGAUGAUAGGUGGGGGUGAAAGAGGAGGCGAACACAUGGCCUUGUUGGAUCCAGGAUUAGAGGGGAAAAUCUUAGGAGAGAAAAAGACAAAAACAUGGAAUGAAGAAUUUGGAGAAUUUAAAUGGUUUGACAACGAAGGGGAGAGUAAACCAAAGGAAGGAGAUAAAAGUGAAAAUGAAGAUAAAAAAGUAGCAGAUGAAGAAGGCGGUGAGGAAGAGGGAAAUAUGGAGUUUGAAGGAGAGCAGCAAAAUAAAAAGAAAGAAGAUGAAGGGGGAGGAAGACAAGGGAAUGUUUAUGGAAACCAUGAAGGAGAGAUUGACAGAAGAGAGUGCCGCUGCACUCACUACGCCAUCUCCUCUGGCCUGUUGUCAGCCAUGAUGAUUCUCUCCAACUUGUACUUCUUGAUACCGCUCUGCAUCCUGGGACUGGUUUACAGCCUGAUUGGACGGACACUGUGGCUCCGUCCAAAAAGUAACCGCAGAGACCAGAGUCAUCGAAACACUGUCAAAAUGUUGGGUGUGAUUGUCUUGGCGUUUGUCUUGUGCUGGCUCCCCUUUCAUGUUGGUCGGACCAUAUAUUUAUACCCCGACACACAAAUGUACUUUUUAUACUACUUGUCUCAGUAUUUUAAUCUUGUGUCGUCUGUCCUCUUCUACCUCAGUGCCGCUGUAAAUCCCUUACUGUACAACCUGAUGUCUGCCAGAUAUAGACUUGCUGUGCACAGCCUCAUACACAAGCACUCCCACACUCAGGCUCACCGCCUGCGCAUACUCACAGCACGGCACUCCACCACCACAUUGUAA